AUGUCAGGUGCAGGUAAUCGUGAACAAGUGUUUCCUACUCGUAUGACUUUAGGUCUUAUGAAGGGGAAAUUAAAAGGAGCUCAACAAGGUCAUUCUUUAUUAAAAAGAAAAUCAGAAGCUUUAACCAAAAGAUUUAGAGAUAUCACACAAAGAAUUGAUGAAGCUAAACGGAAGAUGGGUAGAGUUAUGCAAACUGCUGCAUUUUCAUUAGCAGAAGUUCAAUAUGCUACUGGUGAUAAUAUUGGUUAUCAAGUUCAAGAAUCAGUUCAAAAAGCAAGAUUUCAAGUUAAAGCAAAACAAGAAAAUGUUUCUGGGGUUUAUUUACCUACUUUUGAAAGUUAUAUAAAUGAAGAUAUUAAUGAUUUUAAAUUGACUGGAUUAGGUAGAGGUGGUCAACAAGUUCAAAGAGCAAAAUUGGUUUAUACUAAAGCAGUUGAAACUUUGGUUGAAUUGGCAUCAUUACAAACGGCAUUUAUCAUUUUGGAUGAAGUUAUUAAAGUAACUAAUAGAAGAGUUAAUGCAAUUGAACAUGUUAUUAUUCCAAGAACUGAAAAUACCAUUUCUUAUAUUAAUUCUGAAUUAGAUGAAUUAGAUAGAGAAGAGUUUUAUCGAUUGAAAAAAGUUCAAGAAAAGAAACAAGAAGCAGCAGCAUUAUCUGAAGUUGAGGAUAAAGAAAGAUUAGAAGCUGCUCAAGCUGCCGCUGCGGCAGCUGCCACAAAUGGAAAAGCUGGCGAUGAAAAGCUUAUUAGGAACCUUAAUCAUAUACCCGAUGAAGCUGAGAUUCAAAAGGAAGUUGAGAAAUUGGCCAUUGCAGAUGACGAUAUACUUAAAGAGAAUGAAGAUGACGUUAUAUUCUAG